AGGGUCGCGUCGUGGGCGGUGGCUGGCAGCACAAACAAGCAAACCUUCCAAUUUACUCCUCCCCACCUUCCCCCUUCCCCCAAAUCUCUAUUCCGAUUCCUCCUCCUCCUCCUCCUCCUUGUGCAACAACAACAAAUCUCACGGGCUCACGCUACGCGAUUCCGAUCCCGGCCGCGAGAGGACAUCCCGCGGGUCGAUUGCUCGCUUCCCGGCAUGCGGCGGGGCGGCGCUGCGGUGGCGGCGGAGGGCGACGCGGAGGCGCGCUUCCGCGGGGUGCGCAAGCGGCCGUGGGGCAGGUACGCGGCGGAGAUCCGCGACCCGGCGAAGAAGGCGCGGGUCUGGCUCGGCACCUUCGACUCCGCCGAGGACGCCGCGCGCGCCUACGACGCCGCCGCGCGCGUGCUCCGCGGGCCCAAGGCGCGGACCAACUUCCCCCCCUCCCUCCCCCACCACCACCACCUGCCAACCACCUACCCGUCCUACCCCGCCGCCGCCGCCAUCCCGCCGCCGGUCGCCGCCGCCAUGCCGGCCUGCAGCAGCCUCAGCUCCACCGUCGAGUCCUUCGGGGGCCCGAGGGCGCGGCCGGCGCUCCCGCCGCGGCCCCCGCCGCUCCCCGCCCUCGACGGCGACUGCCGCAGCGACUGCGGCUCCUCGGCCUCGGUGGUCGACGACGACUGCACGGACGCCGCCGCCUCGCCCUCCUGCCUCCUCCUGCUCCCCUUCGACCUCAACCUGCCCGCCGACGGCGCGCCAUCUAACGACGACGACGAGCUCAGGCUCACGGCGCUGCGGCUCUGAAGCCCCAACAACCCACCACCGCUUGUGGUGGCCAGAGACAGAGGACAAGGAGAAAAAUAUUUGGUUCUUCCAUUCUCUCCGUAGCCAGCUAGCGCGCGGUCCGCCCGCCCGCUUCUACGGCUCCAUGUAUGUUGAUGAUGUUUACGCGAUCCGAUGAUCAUUAAUACGGCCUGAUCUGCGAAUCAGCCUGCUCGUCGCCGGUGAUGCUGAAUUGCUGAUAGUUAUUGCCGGCUUCCGUGGCAGCUUGCUGUGGUUGUGCUGUAAUAUAGCAACAUUUUACCUGCCUCCCCUUGUGAGGAAGCAGACAACUAAAGUAACUUAUUCUCUUCUUUAGCUACAUGUGGUACCCUUGCUCGUUCAGAGUCAUCUUGUUUCCUAUUGAGAACAUUUGAAAAGAGUUUCUGUUCAUGACAAUGUUUACAGGGUGCUUAAGUGCUACUAGAGAGCUAAAUGUUGUUGUGUUAGAUGAACGAUCCUGAUACGAAUUUCAACCUUUGUAUACCAUCCUUCAACCUGAAUCA